GUCGAUUACUCCUUUCCUCCCAGCUUCCAACUCCCAACAAAAAGCUCCCACCUCUCUCUCUCUCCUUAUAAUCCUGCUAUCACCAACCCACACGAAGCCUUCGCAAAGCCAAGCAAGAUGGUGGAGUUGGCCGUCGCCCUGGCGCCCGCCGACCCUUCCUUCUUCCUGAGCGCACCGUCGAGCCCGAGGCCGUUCGGCGAUCCCGCCGGCUGCUACUACUACACCAGCGCGCCUGCCAGCCCUUCUCGAGCUGCGGCAAUCUACACCGACUUGUACGGUCCGGAGGAGAAGCCUGCAAGCCCGAGACCGGGCAGCGGCGACGACGAGGUACCGGAGUUCUCCUUCUGCUUUCACGGGAAGCCCAUGGAGGAGUGGCCGACGCUGCCGAUCACCGCUGCCGAUGAGCUUUUCGAGGAGGGCAUCAUUCGGACCGUGACGCCGUCGUGGGUCGAGAAUGGAGGAGGUGGUGCUCCUCAGAUCGCGGAGGAUGGCUUGAGGCGAGAGAGAGGGAGGAGGACUCUGUCUUCCUUUUCCGGCGCUUCUCCCAGAGGCCUGAGAGGGUCGACGUCCCUCUCUGCUCUAAGAGGAGGCUACGAGGGGGACCUGCCAAAGCCUCCCAUCUCCUCCCCGGCCACCUCCGCUUUGUCGAAGGGUGGCGGAAGCAAGAAGUGGAAGUUUUCCGACCUGUUCCUCUUCCGCAGCGCAUCCGAAGGGCGCGCAACGGGACGAGGAAGCAAGGACCCGCUGCGCAAGUACACCCUCCCUCCUCCCUCCUCGUGUACCAAGCGGGGGGCCAACGGCGGUGGAUCGACGAGGAGAGGAUCUGCGAGUUUGCCGUCAGCACACGAGAUAUACUACUCGGCAAACCGAGCAGCGGCGGAGGAGCAGAAGAGGAAGCAGAUGACACCUCUGGCUUACCAACGCCACGGCCUGUUCGGCUACCUCAGCGACAACCCGGCCAUCCACAGCAUCACGAAGGGGUUCGGUGGCUCCUCCUUGUUCUCUCGCAGGCAACGGUGACCCACAUCCAUCCCAUGGAAUCAUUCUUCUUCCUGCAGCGUGCAUUGUGUGUAAUAAUAAUCUUUAUACGUAGAUGAAAAUACAUUAUUUGUUUUUUUUUUAUCUCAAAGAAAGGAGAAAAUAAAGCAUCGAUUGUAAGAAGAACUAUUGAUGAAACGAAGAUGAGAUUGCUGAUGAUUCCAUCUCUUA